AUGGCAGCAGAUGAUUAUCUCGAGAUGUCUCUGCCAGUGUGCCCAGAGAGCUCAGUGUUGAAUCAAUAUAUAUACAAUCCAUCAAUCACCAUUAUCUUUGGCAGCUUGGCAUUGGCUUGCUUCAUUUUCGCAACGAUCAUCGCAUUCAAGUACAACAGUGUCGCAGUGUUCCACAAGAAGAUAAGAACACAAACAAUAUCGAAUACAAUAUGGAUCUUAUACUAUUUAGUACUUGGACUUAGAGGAGCAUCAAAUACAGUUCGAUUUGCAAUGAAUAGAAAUAAGGAGGAGGAGGCAGAGAAGAUAUUCUUCAUUGCUAGUUUGACGUUGAGUGGAUUCACUGCACUUACGUUGGCAUUGGCAUUGAACCAUCAGAGGAAAUAUAGAUCGUCAUCAUCACAGAAGCAACAGCAACUCAACAAGGAGACCGACCCCUUGAUCGCACCAAACGACCAAUCAGGCUCCAACCAUCUCAUCUCCAUACUCAAGAGAAAUGUCACACUCUCUGAGAUCCUCUUCCUCUUCUUCUUUAUCUGUUUCCUUGUAUUCCUCUAUGUAGAGAUAAUCAAGGAGAAUGCAGUAUUCUAUUACAUACUUUUGGGAUGCUGUAUUCUACAACAUAUACCAGUGUUGACAUUGGCAUUGAUGAUCACGUUCACACGUAAUGGUGGAGAGGGACCGACUACACAGAGCAGAGUGUUCCUGAUGCUGGGUGCACUGUUCAACAUCUUCAACUAUCUGCCCUUGUUUGUUUGGGCCAAAUUCCUGCCUGGUGGCUGUCCACUCUACGUGUUCUCCUGGGUGGACCUCAUCCAACUCUCUGACUUUGCAUCAAUACUCUUCUUCUUCCUCUUUUUGCGGUCCGAGUACAUUAGAAACGUUGAGGAAUGCAUAUGGACAGCUGUCAGUCAGAUACAAGAUACAUUCGACUUUAGAUUAUUCUAG